GGUAAGGUUAUCCUAACCUCCAAAAAAGCUGUUUUUUUAUUUUUAAAUCGCGUAUAUAAAUGAAAAUGUUAACUGUUGAUUAGUUUACGUCGAAAUAUCGUAACAUGGCUCUAAGAAUAACCAGUGCUUUCCAGCAACUACCUCACAGGGCUAACUUAGGGAUUAGUUUUAAGGCAUUAUACUCGGCCAAGAGUACAUCUGAAGUACCUCGAAAUGUAUUAGAAAAUGUUAUAUCGGCUGAUAAACAAAGAGAAAAUGGUGCUGUGUACGAUAAAAAACCUUUCAAGAUGACUCUAGAAGCAGGGAAGCGAUAUUCAUGGUGUCUAUGCGGGCGAAGCAAAACUCAGCCCCUCUGUGACGGUACACACAAACAGCAGCAGCUAAAAAUUACUCAAAAGCCUGUACGUUUCCAAGUAGAAGAAACCAAGGAUUAUUGGUUGUGCAAUUGUAAGCAUACAAACAAUCGUCCCUUUUGCGACGGCACGCAUAAAACUCCAGUCGUUCAAGAAGCGACGUCCAUUGUUAGGCAAUAAUAAAUUUUAUUAUCUGUAGUAUAAGACGUAUAUUUAAAAUAAAAACGUUCCAGACAA